AUGUCACCAUCAAACGAAAAGCCAAAAGUUUAUAUUAUUGGUGUUGGAAUGACCAAGUUCACAAAACUAGGAUCAGUACCAAGUUGGGAUUAUCCUGAUAUGGUAAAAGAAGCAGUAAAUAAAGCCUUAUCGGAUGCAAAGCUACAGUAUCGUGAUAUGGAACAAGCAGCGGUUAGUUAUCUAUACGGUGGUACUUGUUGCGGACAACGAGCACUUUAUGAAAUCGGAUUUACCGGAAUUCCUAUUUGCAAUGUUAGCUAUUUUUUCUAUUGA